GCUUUAAGUGUCGGGUAGUCUAACCCCUGUACUUCCUGGUUGUAUUUGAGGAUUGCUGUUGCUUGACUUUCGUUGUACUUUUGGGCACCUUUUGCCUCGUUAAUGUAGCUCUGUUUACCAAAAUAAAAUAAAAAAUAAAAAAUAAAAAGAUUAUUAAUUAAGGAGAAAAUUAAUGAAAUAAACUUCAAAAUCUAAAUUUUAAUAAAAAAACCAUCUAAUAACAUAAAAAUAAAAAUUUUCACCAUUUAUAGAAAUAAACGUGACCACCCGAUCACAUUGCAAAAUUUCUCAAUGAUAAGAAAACAUGUCUUGCUGUGACGGUGCUGUCUUUUGCAUGGACAACUAGUUACAAACCCAAAACCCCUCCCGUGUUCCAGCCCAAAACCCCUCCUCUCUGUUGUAGCCACCACCUAAACCCUAAACCCUAAAGUUUUUUUUGGCUCCAGUGCCCUGCGUCUUCGCCCUUCGUUCUUCGAAGCCCAAAUCGUUUCGUAUUCUUGGCGACCAGAGAAUCUCUGACCUGCUGCCAAGACUCAGACCCAACGGUCCGCAUCGACAGAGUCGCAGAGUCAUAGACCUACACGGCUGCACCAUCCACCCAGUGCACCCACACCCAGACCCAACGGUCCGCCUGCCUCCGCUUCCGACCCUCCGCGCUCCGCCGUUCCGCCGUUCGAUAAUCUCUCUCAGGGCAAUAUAGUAUGCUAUUGUUCCGAUGAUUGCGAGGGGAGCGAUGCUAGGCCCUGACCAGCCUGUAAUUCUGCACAUGCUUGAUAUUGGACCUGCAGCUCAAGCCUUGAAGGAGGUGAAAAUGGAACUGAUUGAUGCUGCCUUCCUCUUCUCAAAGGUAUGCUUCAUACAGGCACAUUUUGAUUGUUCGCCCUGGGCACCAAAAAACUCAGGACCAGCCCUGCUGAACGUGGGUAGUUGAUGAUAUAUAAGCAACACAAGCAACUCAAAUUUCUAAUCUUCAACUUAAAUUUCAUCCUUGAUGACAGUUGGUGCGGUUAGUUGUUCACACCGCAGAAUUUGCAACUGUUAUUUUACUCCUAAUUUUGUCAAAUUUUCUUCAUUAUCUGCACUUAAAGCUACAGACUUUACUUAUGAAGCAAACAAUUCCGAUGACUGUAACUACCGUGAAUUACAGCUCAGUAUGCAAUGCCAUGCCUCCUCCGGUAACUUUGUGAAAGCCCUAGACUCUUUGAACUCCAUGGGCAAUGUGCCUGGCAAACCCACGGUGUAUGAUUUCAAUGCUUUGCUUUACUCUUACUUGAAGUCACAGACUGUAUUGCUAGACAAUGUGGUUCAGGUUUACCACGGAAUGAAGAGAUUUGGGCCCGCUCCAAAUGCUUCCACUUUCAAUGCACUUUUGAAUGGUAUGCUAUCACUUGGUCAUCUGAAAGAUGCUCAUAUGAUUGCUGAAGAGAUGUUUGAUGGUGGGUUUUUACCCUCGUUUACUUCUUUGUCGAGAAUCUUGAAAAACAUGCUUAGAGUUGGGAAUUUAGUUAGCUCAAUGGGUGUUUUUAAACUUAUGUUGAGGUUGAAGUAUUUCCCGACCGAACCCAGUUUGUGUUUGUUGAUUUCUAAGCUUAGUAAGGCCAUGAUGACUGAAGAGGCGUGGUUUGUGUGCUAUGCUCUUAUGCGUAAGGGUCAUUUUUUCGGUGCUUAUGUUUAUAACCCUAUGCUUUGGGCGUUGUGUAAGACCGGCCAGAGUAAUAAUGCUUUGCAAUUGUUUUAUUGGAUGAAGAGGAAGGGCGUUGUACAUAAUGUGUGCUCUUAUACUGCUUUAGUUUAUGGGUUUGGUAGAGAAGGUUUGUGGAGAGAUCUUCUUUGCUGUUUAGAUGAAAUGGAGACUGAUGGGUGUAAGCCUAGUGCGAUAACAUACACUAUAGUUAUUAAAUCUCUUUGUGGUGAUGGGAGGAUUGCAGAGGCGUUAGAAUAUUUGGCUAAGAUGGAAAGGGAAGGAUGUGAACCAGAUAUGACCACAUACAAUGUGAUCCUUCAUGCACUUUGUAUUCAAGAUAGAGCGAAUGACAUUUUCAGCUUACUUGAGAUGAUUGAGAACAAAGGAUUUUCUCCCAACGCGUACACAUAUGCUGCUGUGGGAGGAGGCCUGUUAAAAACAGGUAACAUUGGGAUUGCUUGUGAACUAUUGCUUGAUGUGAUUACAGAGGGCAACUAUGUGGAUGUUGUUGUGUACAAUAUAUACUUCAAUUGUUUGUGUCAUGAGAAUAGAUCAGAAGAAGCGCUAUAUGGAUUGAAGAACAUGAUUGGAGAAGGUUUAAUGCCAAGUAAUGUGUCAUACAACACAAUUUUAAAGAGUUUCUGUAGAGAAAAUAACCUCUCCAAGGCUUUGAAAUUCUUGGACUACUUUAAGUGGGACGAAAAUGGGCCUGAUGUGGUUUCCUUCAAUACGAUUUUGUCUGUGGCAUGCAAACAGAAAAAGCGUUCAAUGAUCCGGAGGGUCUUGAGUCAUAUGAAGAAUGGCGGUGUUCAGCCUAAUGUUGUUAGUUUGAAUUGUUUAAUUCAGUACUUCUGUAGGGUUGAAAACUUUUCUGAAUGUUUAAAGCUCUUGGAUUACAUGACGUGCAGUGGUUCUAGUCCCACUAUUGUCACUUUUAAUCUGUUGCUAGACAGACUUUGUAAGAAUGGUCUAGUUGGAAUUGCAGAACGGGUUUUUAGGCAACUACGGAAUACUGGAGUUUUUCCUGAUACAACUUCUUAUAAUAUUCUUAUUCACGCCUUCAUUAAAGAGGGCAAUAAGGCGAUGGUUAAUCAAUUGGUUAGUGAUAUGUACAACCAGAGACUAAAACCAGAUCUGUUUACAUAUGGGUCCUUAAUUAGUGGCCUUUGCAAGGAUGGAAAGGUAUCUGUUGCUCUUGAGUUGAGGGAUGACGUGGUAGAGAAUGGGCUUACUCCAAGCAUAGCAAUCUACAAUACCUUAUUAGAGGCAGUGUUCAAGAGGGGUGCUUUUUCAGACAUUUUAUCAUUAUUGAAAAAUCUUGUACUGGAAGGUUGUCAACCGAAUGAGGUAACUUUUGAGAUUCUGAACCGACCAGUAUUCAAAAGUUGGAUAAAGAGAUCUCCUGAGGUUUCAAAUCUUGUGGAGCUUGUGCAUGAAUGCAAAGUUAAUUGAUAUAGGGUCACUGACCCAGUGUAAAGCCUUUCUCUUCGGCAAAGAAGAAUUAUCCCAAGAAGAUUAAAAUAUUCAGUCAGGAUAUUAAAGGUCAUUGCUUUUGCCCAUGGCAUUUGCUUUAGGGUCAAUUAACUUUGCUGAUUAUGAUUGUGUUCAUGUUGGCCUUUGUUGGAGCGAUUUAUGGCAGGAGCAUGAAGUAAAAGCUAAGCACCACCAACUGAUUAGUGGGGUUUACUUAUUUUACGAGAAGACUGUAUGUAGGUCUGGAGCAGUUCAUUGGAAGCGGAUUGUUGACUCGACAAUCGUCAUGUUUUUAACGUAUGGAUUAGCAAUUGCAUCUCCACAUAUUGCCUUAUUCUCUGACCACAGUAUGGCUCAGAAUGUGCUUCUCUUGGUCCACUUCUUACGGGACUCAAUUCUUCUGGUUAUCUCAUUCAUCAUGGGGCUUAUAAAGACAACAGCAAGUGCAAAUUCUUUUCUUAAGAACUUUUUCAGAUUAUCUCCAGGCUUUUGCUUUGCUGAUGGACUUGCGUCACUGGCUCUUCUACGGCAAGAUAUGAGAGAUCAUUCCAGCAAUCAGGCCUUUGAUUGGAAUGUUACUGGUGGCUCAAUUUGUUACCUUGGUAUUGAGAGCGUUUGUUACUUCCUUUUGACACUUGGGCUUGAACUCUUACUUUCUAACAAGUGGACACUAGCCACACUGAAGGAAUGUUGGAACAGCAUUAGAAGUAUCGAACAUGGCACUCCAAGUUAUCUAGAAUCCCUUCUGAAGAUUUCCUCAGAUGUUGUUACUCUUGACCUUGAUGAAGAUAUAGAUGAUAAAGACAGAAAGAACUAGGGUUCUUUCAGGUUCCAUUGACAAUGCCAUAAUCUAUUUGCAGAAUCUUUGGAAGUCCUCUUGAAAGCCGUACAAUAAAAUGCGUGGAGGUUGGACCAUAAUCCAUCUCAUAUUCUCACCCUUGGCCCUGAAUUCUUGAUUUCUGGUCAGGGUGGAGCAAGCUACGUCUCUUUUGGAGUGUUUUAGAUUCCUGGGUCAAGUUCCCUUUCUUUGGAGCAAUUUGCCAUAUGGACAGGGCCUCUCGGUUGCAGAUGUCUUCGGGCACCUUGAACGGAACAGAAGUAAACUUGGCAUUGCAGAAUACAGUAUUAGCCAGUCCACUCUCGAAACCAUAUUCAACCAUUUUGCAGCUAACUCGUGACAUCUUAAUCGUGGAUUGAGGCGAAUGUAAUUCAAAUAGUUUAGCAAUAGUCGGCAAAUCACCACCCGGCAUAAGCGUCGCCCCCACUUUCAAGGUUGAGACCAUCAUAAGACCCUUUGUAAAUCUCAGAAACAGUAUAUUCAAGUACAUAAUUUCAAACUUGGGUGAAAUGUAAUCUGGUACGAAAUUA